GCUGCUGAAAUCUACCCUCGUCCUUAUGCCUCUGUUUGGCGUUCACUAUAUUGUUUUCAUGGCUAUGCCAUACACAGACGUGUCAGGGAUUCUUUGGCAAGUUCAAAUGCACUAUGAAAUGCUGUUCAACUCUUUCCAGGGAUUUUUUGUUGCCAUCAUAUACUGUUUUUGCAAUGGAGAGGUCCAAGCAGAAAUAAAGAAGUCAUGGAGCAGGUGGACUUUAGCACUUGACUUUAAAAGGAAAGCCCGGAGUGGGAGCACAACCUACAGUUAUGGACCAAUGGUUUCCCACACCAGCAUCACAAACGUAGCCACCCGAGGGGCGCUCGCCCUCCACCUCAACACGAGACUUAUUCCAGGGACCCUCAACGGCCACAGGAAUCUGCCAGGUUAUGUGAAAAACGGCUCCAUUUCAGAGAAUUCCAUGCCUUCCUCCGGCCCCGAGCAGUACAACAAGGAUGAGGAAUACCUGAACGGCUCCGGGCUCUACGACGGAGACAGACCCACGGUCCUGGUGGAAGAGGAGAGAGAGACAGUGAUGUAAAGACAGGAGGAGGAAAGGAAAAAUUCGGCCAAAGGAUGGGGGAAAAAAAAAAAAAAUGGUUCCUGGAGAGCGUUUAGUGGGAAAAGACCAUCAGGCCAUGCAGCGGAUUCCGAGCGUUUCCAUGCAGCUCCUCUGUUCUGUGGAAUGAGAGAUUAAGUUAUUUGGGGAAACAAAAAAAAAAAACAACAAAAAACCAAAAAGUGAGCCACCAGCGUGGCCAGUGGGCGAUGCCAUCCGUGAAUUCCGUGACCCACGUUCUCCUGGUGACAACAGAGCUCUCCAGACCUGCUGGACACCAGAGACCUGCGUGGUCCUCGGGUCCCUCGGGGAGCGUGGGCGGCCGAGGAGGACGGGAGCGUCCCCCAGGAAAGCAGGAGGCGUGCAGGGAGGGUGCAGGGCCAUGGUCCUGGGAGGGGACAAGCCAGCCUGGGGGGGCAGCGGCUUGGGUUUGGUUUGUUCUCUGCCUGUGGAUCUGCCUGGUGACACACACGGGGCUGGGAAAGGCCCCGCCAUCCGUCGGUCGAAGGUUGCGUUGGGUACAGCCAUGCCCAUGUUCUUCUUCCCUUGGGAAUUCUCGCUCUUUGGAAAAUGCUCCUCUGGGGUGGGGAGGGUUAACAGCUCAUGGAGAUAGCCAGGGAUUGUCCUCUCCUUUCCCCAAGUCCUGGGGACAAGGCAGGAACUGAUACAAUUUUAGGGUUGGAUGUGGGAGCCGGUACAAUUUUAGGGUCGGAUGUGGUUGUCGGAAUGUGCGGCAUUCCCGCUCUUCCAGAGGGGCAGGUGGAGAGGGAACCACCAAGGGCACGGAAUUUGCACAUCCCAGAGGGGUGAUUGUGGCCAAAA